CGCAAAUCUUUUCUUGCCCACUACUUCGUUUGUUUUUUAACCUUAAGAUGUGGAGAUCUACGUUGCUUUCGACCCUGUUCUUGGCAGCAGUUUCGCUCGCCAUCGAAAUUCCCGCAGUGCCUACCUGGCCCACUUCAGGUCGUUGUACAGACAAGUCGCUAACAAUACCAAGUUGGAUCAUUACAAAAUACAAGGUUUCGGGCGGAACGACAACCUUCCAAAUCGCAAACCGUGCGGCAGAAGUCGCUACGGACAUUGGACACAUAGAGUGUACGGCCGACAACAAAUGUAGCGGAUAUGGAAUUGACGAGCUUCGUGCUACUAUCUCUACGGGUUCAGAUGGACGGCGCAUCGUUGGCGUGAGCCAAUUAUGGCAGUGUGGGGAAACGGGUGAUAAGUACGGGAAGCUGCCGCUCUUCACCAAUGUCCAUAAACGCGACACUUGGGCUAACCAAACAAUCAGGAUUAUUUUUAUAGCUAAUGGAACCACUGUCAUCACUCAAUGUUCAGGCAGUGACUGUGUGUCUCCUAUCACGUAUCUCGUCUAUGGCACCCUUAGUCUUCCGGUACCACUUACGCCAACCCAGCCAUCACCUCCGACAGGAUACGGGGCUCCAGCAUGCGCUAGCAUUGGCAAAAGUCAAUGGACUGUAUCAGGAAUUUCAUUUCAGAACUAUACCAAGGGCCAAUGCAAGCAAUGGUAUGGCGAAGAUCAAUAUUGUCUCGACAACAAUGGAGGCACCUUCAUAGCCAAAGGAGUGCAUCUCAAACUCAAUAUCACAAAUAAUGCCAUCAGCCAUACGGUAGCUUGUAUUUUCGAGCCCGGUUAUUACGACCCGUAUCCGCCAAGUACAUUGCGUUGCGCAGGCGGAAAGUUCAAUGAGAUCACCCUGGACGUUACAUGGACCGGUGUAGCACCUGAUUUUGGUCUGAAGGUUGAAGAACUAUGGUACUGUCUUGAGAAUCCGGACACCAAUGACAGCCCAUCAGUACUUGUUGCAUCGGGGAACGCGUCUUUUACACUUAACUGCGAAACACAUACGGGCAUUACUGGGACGGCGAAUGACAUUGUGACUCUCUGCACGGAUUCAGUGGGGUCCCAUGCUAUAGAUGGAAUCCAAGUCGCCAGACAAACACUUCCUCCCUUCUCCCUCGUUACGGCCUAUCCUGUGCACGGCGGCUGCACUUUCGAUAGUGUCGCGAAUCCGACAUUUUACUACCGGGGCAUGUACUUCGAGACUUCUUUCCCAGCCGAAAACAAAAACAAUGUUACCCUCCAACGAUUCACUGCUGGACUCACUGGCCCAGGCUUCGCAGACUUCUUCUUCUAUGAGUAUAAAAUAAUUUCCGGGUCGGGCGUUGACGCUGUGCACUCAUGCACUGUCUACUACGAUGGAAAACCGAAAGAACAACACUGGCUCUGUACUUAUCAGUUCAACCCACACACAAAGACCAUAAAUCAGGUGAAAGUCUGGGAGUGUAGGGACAAGAAUGGGACAAACCCCCUUUUCUUUGAGGGCUCCGGUUCAUUUGACUGGAGCAUUGACCCCUACUCGCACUGCACAGACCAGAGCAACUACAAGUCAUGUUACUGGACCGACAGCCUUGCUAAUUCGCAGCCGGGAAUUCCGUAUAGCAUUCCCAAAGUCACGGUUAGUCUGGUCAACAACCAACCACCGGAUUACGGGUGGCCACCAUCCGUCGCAAUGUUGGAAAUGCCUUCUCCGGUAACCGAGAGAGUAAAUGGGAAGUGGCAGAGGAUCAACCCAUGA